AUGGAGGACCGUGUGAGAUUUAUAUGCAAAAGAACCGUGGUGAGUACUAAACCGGUUGAACCAGGGCAAUUAUAUCGGUUAUCAGUAUUGGACCACAUCAUGGAACCGAACCACAUCCGUCUGGUACACUAUUACCGAUCUUCCAAAAUCAGGGAACCGGGAGAGAUCACAAAAAAACUAAGGGAAUCAUUAGCAUACACCCUCAAUUGUUAUCCGAUAAUGACCGGGAGGUUGGUUAAGGAAAUUGAUGGUACGGAAGAGAAGGAUCAGGAGCUAAACCGGCAGUGGAAGGUGAGGAGCAACGACGCAGGGGUUAGGAUGGUGGAGGCUAGAACGACCGGGACGGUUGAUGAAUGGCUUAGGAGUGUAAAUAAAGAAGAAGAGCUCAAGCUUGUUCAUUGGGAAGACAUGUACCAUCUUCCUUAUUAUUGGUCUACAUUUUAUGUUCAGGUGACUGAGUUUGAAAGUGGUGGGUUAGCUAUUGGGUUAAGUUGUAGCCAUCUCUUAGCUGAUCCAGUUUGUGCAAUGAUGUUUGUUCGAGCUUGGGCAGAUUUAACUCUGACUCGAAACAUGAUGGGUCCACCACUCUACCACCCGCUCCCGCCUCGCCGGUUCACUAACCAUAGACUCUCUAAUAACAACCAACUGCUUAGCCAUUACAUCAAAUCUUGCUCCAUCACGGCUCAACCGUCAAACGUGACCGAGGACCCUAUAUUCACUGUUACUCUUCUGUUCCCGGAGCCGCUACUCCGGGCAGGGGAGAGCGAGCCAGGGCUUUCGCCAUUUGAGGUUUUGGCUGGACUCUUUUGGGUAUGUGUGAGUGGAGCCAAAGGGAAGAGAAACGAGCUCAUGGACAUGUCCUUGUGCUUUGACGUUAGGAAAGUAUUGCGUUUAGACAAAAGCUAUUUUGAGAUUCAGAACAUAACCAAGAGACUAGACUACGACGCGGUCAUGGACUUGAUCGAGUGGCUCGGUAGCAGUAACAAUCCAAUAUCCAACGGUUCGGAUCUCGUGUGUACUAAUCUAGAGAACAUGGUGAAUUCGCAUCCCAUGAUCUUCGAGAAAGAUUUGAUUUUGAGCCAUGUGUCUUGCUAUGUUGAAGGGCCUGUGGCCGGAGGUGGACAGGUCAUAGUGCUUCCUUCACGGUCCGGUGAGGGACCAAUGAGCCGAGUGGUUAUGGUCAGUCUCCCUCAAAGAGAGAUGGUUAAGGUUCUAGAGAAUGAGCUUCUUCAAAGCUUUUCUCCGUUCGAUGCUAAGCUUACAUGA